GCUAGGCCUCUUCCUUGGCGCCGUCUAUAGCCUGUAGGUCCUCCAUAGAAGAGAGGGAAGUCGAAGAAGUCACGACUUGAUAGUUCCUCUUUGGGCAUCGCGGGUCACCACAGUAUUGGGCGGUGCUCUUUUACCAAGGGCAUGGUAUCUGUAGAGUGGGCGCCGUUGGAGGGAUGACCCCCUUCUGGACCUGGAGACCGACCAUGAACAAGACCAAGACCCCAGUUGGCGGCGUCAAUAGUAGGGGACCUAACCUGGCUCUCCAGGCUCAACCAGCCUUACGGACUCACCAUGGGCGGUGUCCACCCUUCUGCCAUGGAUACCGGAGCUCUAUGGAGGCAACCAGAGGGCUGUGACAGCCCGAGAGGAGGGAUCAAUGCCUCCCCCGGAGCUUAUCGUACCUUUGUACAGGGGGCACGAUCCCAGCGGAGUGGGCAAGUGGGCUGGCUACCGGAAGGAGGGACGAACGGUCGUGCCAUGUUCCCUGGAAGCUUAUUUCUCCAUGUGCUUCACUUGACUCCGUUCUCAAGGCGUGUUCAUACGGACAAGGCAUCUACCUACAUUGUAAUCCUUGGCAAUGAUGGCAUCUACAGCCUCAAAAACCUCUCGGAACUUGGAGGACAGAGAAGGAGAACGAUAGACGAUCAAACUUGCAAAACGACAAGAAGGCGGUCGCGACGUCAUUUCCGUGACGACCCUUCAUGUUCACUCGCAGAUCGCCGCCCGACACACGUUGAACUUUGCAACUCGACUGGUCCAGACUUCAGGGGACCUUUCUUCCCCUUCUCAAGUCCCUCCUUCAUCUGCGGCACAGCACCGAUCGCCUGCUGCCGUACACAGUAUGCCGUCAUCUCUACCCGUACCACCAAUCCGCAAAGGCGUGAUGAUGGUGGUGGUGGUGGUGGUGCUGACCCCUUCUUGCUAUUGAACUCUUGGCAACUCGGCAGGGCCAUUCUUCAUUGGGUGUCUUGGAGCUUUCCACGACGACAGAAGACGCAAAAUCCGGCCAGAGACGAAAUAAAUCAUCAUCCGCGAAGAAAUGGGAGCCAAGUAAUGAUUAUGUGAGAACAAAGUACCUAUUGCCCAACCCUGAACCUCUCAUGCAACGGGUCUCCGCGGAUGGGCGGCGAACCCGGUGCAAAAACCCCCCCGAAACAAAGCGUGCCCGGAUCUCGGUGGUCUUUCCUCUAGGACCCUCCAUACGGGCAUGGUGUUUGCCGUUGGGAAGUCAAAAUUCAACUUCAUCCGGCCCCCGGCUUCCAGGAAACGGGGUGGGCCUGUUCGUAACUUUACCUUACUUUAAGACCUCACGUGCUUCGUAACAUACGUAGGGUAUGCUGCACCUCUGUG